UAGUCGUUAAGUGUCGUUAGUGUUGCAAUAUUUUGCCAGCUGAUCUUUUUGGAGUAGAUUUCUAUUUUUAAAUCAUCAAAAUACACAACACAAAAGUAAAACCGGAGUCAGUGUGCCGGCAGUUCUUCGUCCUCAAGUAUUAAUACGCCUUGAAUUAAGUACACCAUGAUAGUUUGCACAUAAGAAAGUUCUAGAACAAUUUAUAGUUUAGAAAAAGACUUUACAUACACAUUUUUAAUACGAAACAUUAUGGUAAAAAUGAUUGUUUACACAUUACUUUUUACAAGUAUCCUUUGUUUUGCACAUGCAUCAACACUCUUGAAACCCCCUCAAACUGCAUUGGUAAUAGGAUUUGAGAAAGUUUAUGAUUUAUCUUUACUUGCAAAUACUCUUUCUGACCAAGGAAUUGAUGCAACUUUAAUUGUGCCAUCAAUUUAUUCCAACGAUGUUUAUGAAAAUCUUAUAAAUGUUGAGGUUAUAAAAUUAAACUUUACAAUAGAAAAAAAUUUAAAAAACGAAGAUAAAGCGUUGAAAGCUUGUGAAGUUUUUUUAAGUGAUAAGAAAAUUCAUCAGACAGUAAUAGAAAUCGCACCUACUUUUACAAUAUUUCCAGCAGUUAGACACGAUGCUUGCCUCAUUCCUUGGACUCUAAACAUUGAUUCAAUACCUGUCAUAUGGGCAGAUGGAUAUGAAGAAGAGCUCUAUGUAAUCCACAACUCUAAGAUGGCCAUUCCAAUUUACACUAGUGGUGUUAUAGAAAGAUUUUGGUCACACUUGAACAUGAAAACCGAAAUUGCAAAUAUUGAAGGCAAUUACGUAUUUCCUGCAAUUAAAAUAACUCAACGAUAUUUAAGCCAUGCCAGUAGAAAUUUAUUAGAUGAAUGGUAUUCUGAUGUCAAGCUUUUCUUAUGGGGAAGUGAUCCAGUCGUAAGAUUAAAUUUUGCACCAUUGACUCAUCGAUUAGUGGAGAUUGGUUGUCAUCAUUGUAGAGGUGUUCAACCACUACCACCGGCUCUUCAAAAAGAUCUGGUAGAAUUUAGGCUUGGUACAAUAGUAGUGACAUUAGAAGAUAAUCAUUUUGAGCUAAUUACAAAGAUUGCUGAACGACUCCCUCAAGGUAGACAAGGUCAAGCAGUUGCUUGGAAAACUAGAGCCUCUGCUAAGAAAAAGCCUGAAAAUUUAUUCCUUCAUCAGAAUGUUGAUCGUCAAGAUCUCAUAGGCUAUGUUCGUGCAAGAGCUUUCCUAAGUCACUGCAGUGACAUUGAACUCUUGGAAGCUGCAUUUCAUGGUACUCCUAUUCUAUGUUUCCCGAGAAAUACUCAAGAGACGAAAAAUGCUUUACGAGCAGUAGAACUAGGAUUUAGUGUGCUUUUAAAUGAUGAUUAUUCUAUCGAUAAUGUUUAUAAAGCCAUAGAAGAAUUAAGUCAAGUAUCAAGUUAUCGUGAAUUCGCUAAAAAAAUAUCUUUGGCGUUAAGAGAUCGAAUCGUUCCAGCAUCUGAUAAGAUAAACUUUUGGUUAAGCUAUACUGCUAGAAAUAAAGAAACCGCUGUAAAUUAUUGGCCAGUAGGAAAAGGGAUUACGAUAAGAACUUUUGAUGAAGAUGUAAAAUUCUUUUAUGGUUUAUUAAUUGGAAUAAUAUUUGGUGCUUUGUUUACAAUAACAACUGUACUUACGUGGUAUUAUCAGAGAAAAGAGAGCAAAAUGAAUAAGAUGAAAGGAAAAAAACAUACUCGUUAAUUUAAAAAUAAAAUAAAAUUAUUUUCAAUUCAAAUAAAUAAUAUACCAAUAAAUUGAUAAAAUACAUGGA